AGAAAAACAACACAACAGCGCAAAGGAGCUGAACGGGAUACAUGAGCAGUCCUUUAUCCUUGUGUGUUUUUGUACAGUCUGAAACAAAAUUGUUUCAGUUUUUAUUGUGUAUGCUUCGGGGACAUGGUAACGAUGGAUGAACUUUGCGAAAUGGAUUGUAACGUUUUGAAAAGGUUGUUGAAGGACGAUAGUGGGAAAUGUCUGGUGCUGGACUGCAGAUCCUUUCUGGCGUUUAGCGCCGGACAUAUCCGAGGCUCGGUGAAUAUUCGCUGCAACACAAUAGUGCGCAGAAGAGCAAAAGGCUCCGUCAGUUUGGACCAAAUUUUGUCGGGUGACGAGGAAGUCAAAGCCCGUUUGAAAGCUGGACUUUACUCCGCCGUUAUUCUGUACGACGAGAGGACACCAGAUGUGGACACCAUAAAGGAAGACAGCACGAUUACUUUGGUUCUUAACGCGUUGUACAGAGAUACGUUUGGGACUGAAAUCUAUCUGCUGAAAGGGGGCUACGACAGGUUUUUCUCCGAAUAUCCUGAAUUCUGUCUAAAAACCAAAACAUUAUCCACCUCCCUGUCCCAGUCUAGCCUGGAUUCAAGUUGCUCCUCCUGUGGUACUCCACACCACGACCAGGGCGGACCUGUAGAGAUCCUACCCUUCCUGUUCCUGGGCAGUGCCUACCACGCUUCCAAAAAAGACAUGCUGGACGGCAUGGGCAUAUCCGCCUUACUGAAUGUGUCCUCAAAUUGUCCCAACCACUUUGAGGGGAUGUACCAGUACAAGUGUAUCCCUGUGGAGGACAACCAUAAAGAGGACAUCAGCUCCUGGUUCAUCGAGGCCAUUGAGUAUAUAGACUCGGUGAAGGACUCGAACGGGCGCGUGCUGGUCCACUGCCAGGCGGGCAUCUCGCGCUCGGCCACCAUCUGCCUGGCGUACCUGAUGAAGAGGAAGCGGGUGCGCCUGGAGGAGGCCUUCGAGUUCGUCAAGCAGCGGCGCAGCAUCAUCUCGCCCAACUUCAGCUUCAUGGGCCAGCUGCUGCAGUUCGAGUCGCAGGUGUUGGCCACGUCCUGCUCGGUGGAGGCCGCCAGUCCCUCCGCCUCCCGGGGGCCCAAGUCUUCCUCCACCCCGACCUCGCCCUUCGUCUUCAGCUUCCCGGUGUCGGUGGUGACGCACGGCCAGCCCAGCAGCCUCUCCUACCUGCAGAGCCCCAUCACGACGUCGCCCAGCUGCUGACGCCCCCCCCCACCCCCCACCCCGGGGAAGUGGGGCCUGAGGAACGGACAGACGGGCAGGCGCAGGAGAUUGAUGAACAGUCUCCACUUUGGACAAAGAGAGCUGUGCCAGGGCUCCUUUUGUGUGAGAAUCCUGGGGUGUCUGGGGCAGCGGAGGGGGGGGGGUCCCAGGAAGAGGGCGAUAUUUCAAUUUGACAGAAGCAGGCAAAGGGCUGAAGAGCAGAGGAGGAGAAUUUGUAUCAUGUACAACAGACGUCUGAAAUAUGGUACUCUUACUCAUUACUCAACCUGGGGUGAAAAUUAUUCAU